AUGGCUCGUACUGCUCAAAAGUUAGCAAUCGUAGGUGCUAUUGUAGCCAGUAUUAUCGGAUAUCUUUACCAAGCACCUCAUAGUGAAGGUAUUGCACAAAUGAAUCGUGUACGAAUAUUAGGCGCUUCAAUGAAAUUAGCUCAGUUACUUGGUAAAGCAUUCGAACUAAUAGGUUUAUCUAGUGAAGUUGUAGUUAUUCGAAAAGCUGCUAACUUAGUACGACAAUUGAAAGAUAAACAAGAAGAUGCCGAUCUUCAAAAAUCUCUAUUAACUGGUUCUGAUGGUUUUCCGAUGCUUAAUACGAACAACCUACAUGGUGGAGCUAUGUCCCACCGUAUUGAGCAUUGGAAAAAUGUUUGA